GAAUUUCAGGCUUAACGGUUUCUUCGUCUCUGUCAAGUGACGACGAGGUUGUACCCCAUUCCGGAGGACACGUAGAAUCUGAGAAUUUAUUAAAAAGGGUGAUACUCCAGUUGGUCCAAUAAUUCUUGUUCGUUCCCUCCUCCUUUCUCUCUCCUCCACUUCCAUCUCUCUCUUUUUCUCUCUUUUCCAAAGGUUCCAACCCACCGAUUCACCGACGGCGUUUCGACGUUUCCCUUACCUGGAUUCGACCCUGGCAAGACUUGAAAGGUUCCAUUUCAAUAUUAGCUUGCGGUUCUUGGAGGUGAGACGACAUUUGAUCUGUUUAUCGAUUCAAGAAUAGUUGAAGAUCAAUUGCUACUGUGUUAAGAGUUCUGUCAGUUUUGAUUCUCUGAGGAAGUCUUCACCUACAUAUGUUUGGAGACCUUGUGGAUCUUUAAAGAUGGGUGUGGUGGACGAUGCAGAUAAGAAUAGAGAAGAUCAUCUCCCUGGAGAAGUAAAGAGUAUUUUACAGUCAUUGGCUUGUAGUUGGGAUGAUAUCAUUGAUUCAAACGCAUUACAGGUGAUCCAGCUAAAGGGUGCAUUCACCAAUAAGGUCUACCAGAUCAAGUGGCAAACAAGAACUGGAGAACCCAGCCGAAAGGUUUUGGUUCGGAUUUAUGGAGAAGGCGUUGACAUAUUCUUUGACCGGAAUGAUGAGAUCCAAACUUUUGAGUUCAUCUCAAAGCAGGGGCAGGGACCUCGUCUGCUAGGUCGUUUCCCUAAUGGGCGGAUUGAGGAGUUCAUUCAUGCACGGACACUAUCGGCAUCUGACUUCCGCAACCCAGAAAUAUCAGCUUUAAUCGCAGCUAAAUUAAAGGAGUUCAAUGAUCUUGACAUGCCUGGUUCAAAGAAUGUAAUCCUCUGGGAUAGAAUGAAAAACUGGCUUACCGCAGCUCAACAUUUAAGUUCCCCUGAAGAAGCUAAGUCUUUCUGUUUGGAUACCAUGGAUGCGGAAAUUUCGGAUUUAGAAAAGAAGUUGUUGGGAAAUGAUCAACAUAUAGGGUUUUGCCACAAUGAUUUGCAGUAUGGAAACGUAAUGAUUGAUGAAAAGACCAUGUCAGUAACUAUAAUUGACUAUGAGUAUGCAAGUUACAACCCUGUGGCCUUUGAUAUAGCAAAUCACUUUUGUGAGAUGGCUGCAGACUACCAUACAGAAACACCUCAAGUUUUGGACUUCGGUAAAUACCCAGGGUUGGAGGAACGCAAAAGAUUUGUGCAUAUAUACCUGAGUUCUUCUGGGGGUCACCCCAAUGAGCUUGAGGUGGAACGGCUAGUCCAAGAUAUCGAAAAGUAUACUCUUGCAAGCCAUCUAUGCUGGGGCUUAUGGGGAAUAAUUUCGGGACAUGUUAACAAAAUUGACUUUGAUUACAUGGAAUAUGCAAGGCAGAGGUUUCAACAGUACUGGUUAACAAAGCCAUCACUUUUGGGUUCAUCCACUGUGCAGCCCCCAUGAAGGUGCCAAUCAGAUGUUUAGCGGCAGAAAGCGUUGCAAGAUCAUUCACUGCACCAAUUUGACUUGCGACGAGUACUCCCAGAUUCCUUUGCACAAGAUUGUGCUGGAGUUCAGGACUUCGGUGUGAAAUUCUUAGUAACCAGCUGUUUGAGUGUUUGACGAUUUUCCAUAUCCCUAUCAUUUGAUUAGUCUCUUCAUAGUCAAGCAAUGAUGAAUUCCUUCAUUGCAAAACUCUCAUCUUAGAAUAGGUGCUACUUGGAGAAAUAUCUCGGUCAUAAUAAAUAUAUAUUGGUGCUGAGGAAUGUAUAUAUAGUGGGUCUUCUGUAUAUUUGGAACCCCUGUUCAGCUGUUGCAGCUCUUACUGGAUUUUCUUGAUGCUCUAUUGGUUUGUCAAUUUGUUAUCUUUUAGGGAUCUUGGGUGCUUUCAUCAUGCAGGCCUCCUUUCCUUGAUAAUAAACGGUUGAUUUUAAUGGCUAAGGUAUAUGACUAU